AUGUAUAAAUCAUCAACAGCAUCAGCAGCAUCAGCAGCAGCAACAACUAUGUUUGAAAGUUUGAAGAAAGGUGUAGCAUUGUUUCGAAGCAUAUACAAAGGAGGGAUCGAAGCCGAGUAUGAUGAUAAUAAUCAACUUGAUGACAAUCAUCUACUUGAUGAUAAUCCUUUACUUGAUGGUAAUGCUAUACUUGACGAUGAAGAUCUAGAAGAUGAUGCAUUUGUUGAACCAGAAUAUCAAAGAUCACAUACACCUGUACCAGAAAAAGAAGUAGAGUAUUCACAACAACAACAACAACCACCACUAAAACCACGUACCAACUACAAAGAAGAUGAUUUACAAGAGGAAUUUGAAUGGUUCAAAGAGACUUUCGAUGCCCACAUGGAGUUAUUCAAGAAGUUUGAAGCAAAAGAAUCUAUUGAAGCCAUUGAAUCACCUGAAGAGUUGGAAAUCCACCAGAAGUUCAAUAGAUUUCUUCAAACAAGAUUGAUUUAUGUCCACAAGUUGAAUAACAAGAAGAAAAAACAACCAGAAAGUGUCGGUCGUAUCCCAUUAUUCAAUAACCUAACGGACUUGGACAAACGUGCAUCCAAGUCUUACUAUUUUGUUCAAGACACAACCAUUUUUGAAUGUAAAUGCGCUAACAAGGGGAAUUGUACUGCUUGCAAAUGCAAGUUAUAUAAUAAUGGUUGUACUUCUCAAUGUAAAUGCCCAUGUCGGGAUCUAUUCAAAGAGAAAUGGACUAUUUUAAAUAAUACAAACUCAGAAGAAUUGUCGAAUCGAAUAACCUAUGAAAUGGAUAGCAGCAAUGCAUCAGCACGUAGCAAAAACAUCGAUCAACCAUUAACUCCUAGUCAAUCAAAGGAAUCACAGCCGCCUCCAUCAUCAUCAUCAACAACAACAACUACAUAUUCAACUUCUAGAAGAAGAUACAAUGAAGAAGAAGAUGAUGAUAAUGAUGAAGAAAAAGAGGCUGAUACACCAAGGAGAAAAAAGAAACAAAAGAAAAAUCAAAGAAAGAGCCAGCCAGUUACAAUAAUUGAUGAAGAUAACGAACAAUUCCAACAUCCUAUUAGUGUCACAUAA